AUGUGGUUCAAAGUCGAGGGGUUCAAAGAUUUAAUCCGUAAUUGGUGGCAGGGAAUAGAGGUUAGAGGUAGCGGCGGCUUCAGAUUGACUGCAAAACUGAAUGAGUUGAAACAGAAGUUAAAAGUUUGGAAUAGGGAAGUGUUUGGGAAUUUGGAAUGCAAUAAGGAUGCAGCUCUCCAACAAGUGGAGUACUGGGAUAGGGUGAAAGGUGAGAGAAGCUUGACAGUGGAGGAAUUAGCUUGUAAAAAGGAAGCCAAUGAGGGAUAUGCCAAGUGGGUAGAUUUAGAAGAAACACAUUGGAGACAGGCUUCAAGGGAGUUAUGGUUAAAGGAAGGGGAUAGAAACAAGGGUUAUUUCCACCGUAUGGCUUCCGCCCAUAGAAGAGCCAAUUACAUGGACAAAAUUAAGAUAAAUGGGGUGAAGUUGACAGAGGAGCAAGAAAUUAGAGAAUGGGUAGUGAAUGCCUUUCAGCAACAGCUUUCAGAAAGUUCGGAGUGGAGGGCGGACAUUGGAAGCCUACAAUUUAACCAAAUCAGUCUUCAAGAAGCGGGGAUAUUGGAGCUUCCUUUCAUUGAGGUUGAGGUCCAGGCGGCUUUGAUGGAUAUGAAUGGGGAUAAAGCCCCAGGACCAAACGGUUUCACUUUGACUUUCUGGCAAAGUUGCUGGGAUUUUGUGAAAAAAGAGAUUUUAGAGAUGUUCAAGGAGUUCUAUGAAUAG